GGUCGGCUGGCUCAGCUGACCAACCUCUCGUGCAUUAUUCCGGAGAGAAGCGCGUGCGCCCCGAGCGGUGAAAAUAAACCUAAUUUUCUCCUUCUCACAAAACCCAACAACCAACAGUUAAACACAGAGCCCUGUAAUAAUUGAGAGAUGGCAGACACCGAGCAAAGGAGUCCACCUCCUCCUCCUCCUCCUCAGGCUGGGGCUGCACAAUUUCUCCUGAGUAAUAAGCUGGAAACGGCUAUGUGGCUUUCACGGCUGUUCACCGUCUACUGCUCCAUCAUGUUUAUUCUGCCUCUGCUUGGGCCUCAAGCUGCUGCUAACUUCUACCAGAGGGCGCUGCUGGCGAAUGCCCUGACCAGCGCUCUGCGGUUGCACCAGCGACUCCCUCACUUUCAGCUGAGUAGAGCCUUCCUGGCCCAGGCUUUACAGGAGGACAGCUGCCACUAUCUGCUCUACUCCCUCAUCCUGGUCAACUCCUACCCCAUCACAAUGAGCAUCUUUCCAGUGUUCCUGUUUUCACUUCUCCACGCCACUACAUACACUAAAAAAGUCCUUGAUACCAUGGGCCCAAACAGCCUCAUGUUUGUGAGGAACUUUUUAAACAAGCUCACCUCCAAUCAGCAGAACAUCCUAAAGUUUAUUGCUUGCAACGAGAUCUUCUUGAUGCCUGCUACUGUCUUCAUGCUGUUCAGUGGACAGGGGAGUCUGCUGCAGCCCUUCAUCUACUAUCGGUUCCUCACCCUGCGCUACUCUUCAAGACGCAACCCUUACUGCCGGACGCUGUUCACAGAGCUGCGCAUCUUACUGGAGCAUUUUGUGAUGAAGCCCAGCUGUCCCGUCUUCUUCAGGAGGAUGUGCCUCAACAGCAUUGCCUUCGUUAGCCGCCUCGCUCCAACCGGCGUCUAAAUACUCUCUCUGAACACACAUACACACACUACCACACACUCUUCACUGAUCUGGACUAGUAAAACAAGCUGGCGGUUCAGAUGUUGAUGAUUUUCUCCUCUGCACUGAAGCUUGGCUAUGUUUGGAGAGACUCUAUCCAUCUGACAGACUGACUGCAUCCCAAAAAAACAGAAGGAAACCGCCAGAUGAUGUGUAUCUGUGCUCGGUUAAAGGGCACAACUGUUCAUUACUGCUUUUAUAUCUUGACUCAUGGUUUUUUUGGGGGGGUAGAGAGGAAUUCUUAAGAUAUUUAAUGUAACUGCUAGGCUAAAUAGACAUAGCUUGUAUUUCUAAUGAGAUCAAAUUAGCAUCGGCAAAUCAAAUUUGAGCUGCUGUUGUACUUCUGUUUGAUUCCAUUUGAUUUUCUUUGUUUUUUUUUUAAGUUGUUGUACUGGAUUGUGGAUAAAUCUUAAUGUAUGUUGCCUCCUAAUAGUUGACGAUGAUCUGAAUGCUAUUUGAGUUGGGGAUGUUACUCGAGGAUGCCUUCUUCAUGAUGUGAACAGAUGAUUUAAUAUCCUGUGAUUGCCAUCGAUCACACAGAGCCCUAUAAUCAGCUGUUCUUUGCCUUUAAUGCCAAUGUUUAUUGUCAGGGCAAAGUAGCGUUUGAGAAGUUGUCCGUUAUUUUGUUUGGCUUGUUCAGAAGGCAUGUUGUCGCUUCUAUUUAUUGCCUCUUUAUAAAUGUGCUCUAUGUAGAUGAAUAAAAAUCUAUGAUCAAAUAUUAAACUGAACUAACCUCA